AUGCACGGAACAGCCCGCGCUCCCGCCACCAGCGUGAGUGCCGACUGCUGCAUCCCGGCCGGCCUGCGCCUCGGGCCGGUGCCCGGAACCUUCAAGCUGGGCAAGUACCUGUCAGACCGCAGGGAACCCGGGCCCAAGAAAAAGGUGCGCAUGGUGAGAGGGGAGCUGGUGGACGAGUCGGGGGGCUCUCCUCUGGAAUGGAUAGGGUUAAUCCGGGCAGCCAGGAACCCCCAGGAACAGACUCUCGAAGCUAUUGCAGACUUACCCGGAGGACAGAUUUUCUACCGAGCUCUGCGAGAUGUCCAGCCAGGGGAGGAGCUGACCGUGUGGUAUUCCAACUCCUUAGCUCAGUGGUUCGACAUCCCCACGAUUGCAACUCCGACGCACGACGAGAAAGGGGAGGAGCGCUACAUUUGCUGGUACUGCUGGAGGACGUUUAGAUACCCCAACAGCCUUAAGGCCCACCUACGUUUUCACUGCGUGCUCAGCAGCGGCGGGGGCCGAGCCUACCUGCACCACGAGCAUGCGGCUCGCCAAGGCGCUGCCCCGGCCGCCGAUGGCCUUCACUUCUCUGCGAAACCCGCGGCGCCUGACUUUGCCGCAGCUGCCCCGCCUGGCACUCUGCGGUCCCACCCGCAGGCUCCACCGCCCCUCCAGGCCUGCGGAGCGCGGGAGAGCAUUAAGCGCGAGGCCACCUCUGCGCCCUCCGCCGCUUCGCCGCCCCCGGCCAAGUGGGGGCAGUCCAAGAAGGGCAAGGAGCAGCCGGACCGCGCCCUGGACAUGAGCGGGGCCGCCCGGGGACACGGCCACUUCCUCGGCAUCGUGGGCGGCUCCCCAGCGGGGGGCGGCAGCCUGGCCUUCUACCCCGGAGUGCGCUCGGCUUUCAAGCCUGCGGGCUUGGCCAGGGCGGCCGCGGCCGCGCACGGCGACCCCUACCGGGAGGAGGGCGGCGGCAAACCGGGGUCCGGCCUGGCCUUAGGCAGGCUGCUGGGUGGGGGCCGGGCGGGCGGGCGCCCGGGAAGCGGGGAGAACCCCGCGGCGGGCAGCACGGGCCACCACCAUCACCACCACGCGCACCACCACCAUCACCACUCAAAGUGCUUGCUCGCGGGGGAACCGCCUCCGCCGCCUCCGCCGGGCCUACCCUGCCCGGGGGGCCUGCGCGGCUUUCCUCUGCUCCCUGCCCCCCCGGAAGAGGCGUCAGCCUUCAAGCAUGUGGAGCGCGCCCAGCCCGCCGCGGCUGCGCUGCCGGGAGCGCGUUUCGCUCAGCUGCCCUCUGCGACCGGGCUGCCCGUCGAGCGCUGCGCGCUACCGGCCCUCGACGCGGGUGGGCUCAAAGCCUACCCCGGUGGCGAGUGCAGCCACCUGCCUGCCGUCAUGCCGGCUUUUACCGUCUACAACGGGGAGCUGCUCUACGGCUCACCGGCCGCCGCCGCUUAUUACCCGCUCAAACUGCACUUCGGCGGGCUGCUCAAGUAUCCAGAGUCCAUCUCCUACUUCAGCGGGCCUGCCGCGGCGGCGGCAGCGGCAGCAGCCGCUGCUCUAAGCCCUGCGGAGCUGGGUUCCUUGGCUAGUAUCGACCGAGAGAUCGCCAUGCACACGCAGCAGCUGUCGGAGAUGGCGGCCGGGAAAAACCGCGGCCGCCUGGACGCGGGGACGCUGCCACCAGCCGUUGUGGCAGCGGGUGGCCCUGGGGGUGGUGGCAGCGGAGGUGGCGGUGCGGGCAAGCCCAAGACCGGCCACUUGUGCCUCUACUGCGGCAAGCUGUACUCGCGCAAGUACGGGCUCAAGAUUCACAUGCGGACGCACACGGGCUACAAGCCGCUCAAGUGCAAAGUGUGCCUGCGGCCUUUCGGCGACCCCAGCAAUCUGAACAAGCACAUCCGGCUGCACGCCGAGGGCAACACCCCCUACCGCUGCGAGUUCUGCGGCAAGGUGCUGGUGCGCCGCCGGGACCUGGAGCGCCACGUCAAGUCCCGCCACCCCGGACAAAACCUGCUCGCCAAGGCGGGCGAGGGCCCAGGCGCAGAGGCUGACUACCUCCCGGAGCCUGGGGAGCCCAAGAGCGACAACGACAGCGAUGUGGACGUCUGCUUCACCGACGACCAGAGCGACCCUGAGGCUGGAGGCGGCGGCGAGCGCGACUCGUAACGAGUCGUCUCGGGAAAGGGUGGGCUUGGGGUGAGGGUGGUUCUGUCUUGGGAGAAGAGAAACUCCUGGAGAUGCGAAGGAUCAGGUUGAUCAAACCGUUUUUAUUCUGAUCGGGCGUCAGAUUGGGAAGAGUGAGAGGUCCCAGGUCCGAAGCUUAAACUCAGAGCAAAGGCUUAGAAAUGGCUCAAAGAAACCUGGUCUCCUGCACAGCCCGAGGGCGGCGGAUCCCGGCGCGUCCUAGGCCCUUGGACUCCGCGGAUAGGCCCUCCCACGAAACGCCCAGGAGGUCCACUCUCAAGGUUUAA